UUAUAAAAACAAAAAAUAAACAAACUCAGUGAAGGCGGCAAUAUGUCACCUAGCAACAUAUUUUUGUUAAAAAAUCUAGUUAUUUCUGAUUCUAAGUUCUCUAGAAAGAUUUGACAAAGAUUUUUAUUAGCGCAAGAUGUCUUUGAAAGUGGAGGAAAUAUGCAGUAAUCUCCAGUCGGAGGAACGCCGUACCAAACUUUCAACUUUGAAUCUCCUACAAAGUCAUUGUCAGAAGGAAUCUUCCGCAGAAUUGCAUACUCUAUUCGAUGAGAUCUACUUACAUUUGCUAAAAUGCUAUUCCGAUCGCUUCGAAAGUGUGCGCGAGCAAGCAGUGCAAACGGUAACCGAAUUUGUAAACCAAUUGCCACCAAAUGACUUCCAUUUAAUGAAUAUCGUGUCUACCUUGGUGGAGCGUUUGGCACAACAAGAGACAUUAGAAUCAAGUGAAGAAAUUCGUUUGUUAUACAUACAGCAAUUGUUAGCGCUCAUACAAAAGUACACCAUCACGGGAAAUAAGCGAUCACUCCAGGAAUGCUAUACCGAAAUCGUCUCCGUUUUGGCGAAAGCCUUGCGCGACGCUUACCCUGCGGUGCAGAGAGAGUCUUGCUCUUGUGUGGUAGCGUUGAUGAACAAUGCGGACACAUUUGCAAUACAACCGUUUACUGAAAAAUUGACAAAACCACUUUAUGGGAUGCUCAAUCAUAAACAUUCAUUGGCACGCAUAUCGGCAGUAGAAGCCAUUGGCCGUUUGGCAUUACAUGUGGAUCCGAAAAAUGACAAUUUAUCGCAACUGAUUAUGGAAGUUUCACCUUUGUUGAUGGAUUCAAUGCCACUAGUUAGACGCGAAUGCGGUCAACUGGGUAUAUUGUUAGCGCUGGAGUUACGAGACCGUUAUUCUUUCUUCGAACGCAUUAUACCAUUUAUAUUGUGUUGUUUAAAAGAUGAUUCACCUGAAGUAGUCGAUUUUAUACGUCCACAAUGGAUAAAAUGUGGUAAACAGUAUUACGAAGAAAAUGAGGAGGAAUUAAGUAAACAAGAAAUAGCAGAUUUGCCUGUUAAGAAUUAUCCAGCUGGUGUAGAACGUCCGACAAUUGGUUGCCGUGCAAUAGUACAACGUUCACUACGACUUUUGAGUUUAAUCACACGUGAAUCGAACGAUUGGAAAGUUAAUGUUCGUCUCCAUUCCCUGAAGUUGCUAUAUCAGUUCGUACUACAUGCGGAGGCAGCAAUGACCGCAAAAUUUUUUGAAAUUUAUGGCGAUGUAGCACGUGCCUGUCGUGAUGCUGAGCCUAUUGUAUCAACUGAGGCUUUGAAAGUUGCCGAUUUAAUGGGUAGACUAUUUUCUUAUGACGAUUGGAUCGAACAUGGUUUUGAUGGCUUGGCAAAAAAUUCCAAAGAGGGUUAUUUGAAAUGUUUUUACCACAUGUUCGCCGCUAGCCUGGUCAACAAAAUGGAUGAUAUUAUACGCAUUUCAGAAAUGCUAAUUAAUAGCGAGUUUUCACAGACGCUCAAACCAGAAGUGCAAUUGUACGUGCUAAAAUUGGUUGAAACAUUGCUGUUGAAAUCAGACGAGGCGAAAUUUGAAAAUGAUAAGACUAAAAAACUGUUUUUGAACUCAUAUGUAGCGACAAUUAAAGUUAUGGCACUAUCAUUUGACUCUGAGCAAUCGAAUGUUGUAGCUGUGCAAGAUUUGGGUCAACAAAUACUGACCAAAAUUGCAGCACGGCAAGAAAUUACUGUUGCCGUUCUACAUGAAAACUAUUUUGCCAGCGCUUUGAAUUAUGUAGAAAAUUUAGAUGCCGCUCUAGAUGAUUUAACUGAGCCGAUUCUACUAUUAAAUGGUUUAAUCAAUAUAGCAAAAUUACGUGCAACAUAUCUGCAAAGCUUACAAGAUAAAAUAAUCCAAGUCUGGCAGAAUUGUGACGAUUCUGCCAAAGUGAAGAUUUUCACAAGUAUAUCUGUUGUUAUGCUUCAAUGGACUGAAACUAUACAACGACAGUUGUGUGAAAGUACAGAACUUUUGAGAACUUUUGUACUCUCAAUAAUAGAGCCACAUUUGCUAUGGCGUGCCGGUGCAAAUGCAGAAGCAAUGCGUUCACUGGCAAUGGCUACAUUAUGCUCUAUGUCACAAGGUGCUGCUGAAGAAGCUCGUCUUGUGUUGCCUGAAUGCGUUAGCAAGUACCUACCGAGUUUGCUAGAAGAUCGUACGGUCUCAACGCGUCAUUACUCGGUUAAAUGUCUCUUCAACUUUGGUGAAGUUGGUGUGGAACAAUUGAAACCAAUUGCUUACGCUACUUUGCAGCGCUUGGAUGAUCCAUCUGCUGGUAUACGAGAAUUAGCCGCGUUAGCUAUACCAAAGUUAAGCCCCAAAUUUGUUAAAACUAAAGGCGAGCAAGGAGAUAUCGAACACGAAGUUUGGGAGACAUUCAUUAAAAAAGCUUUGGAUAUGAUGUUUUUGCACUACGAUGGUCCUGAAGUGCGUUUGCAAAAGUCUCUAAAAGUGUCUAUCAACCUGCUUGCGGAAAAAUAUCCGGACAUAUGCAAAGACAGUUAUAAGCGUACUGUGGCCAUGUCAUAUAAUAGCUUAAGCCUGCAUGAAUUGCAAUCGGAACUUCCAAUUCUAAUAUAGUUCAAUUGAAAUACGCUGUACUCUUUUUUUAAAUACAUGUAUUAAAUUUAUUUACAACAUA